UGUUCGCGACGAUAUGUCAUUUUCCCAACGCCCCCAAAAUCCACCACUCAAAUUUCUUAUAUCGGCGGAUUCGCUUUCUCAUCAAUACUUUUUCUCGAAAUUCUCCGUCAGAAUUGAUCAAUCAAUCCAUACAUCGUUCGUCCGUUCCUUCAUAAAGCCAAAUUUAAGGGUCUGUUGUUGAAACCCUAAAACGCAGACCCUAAUUUGGGCGAAUCGGAAAAUUUUCGAUAGGGAAAUUGGGGACGGGACAAUGGAGGUUUGUGGAUUUCAAAUUUCGGAUGAAUUGUUGGGAACAUUUGCCCCGAUUAUUGUGUAUUGGGCGUAUUCGGGUAUUUACACGAUUCUAGGUUCGAUGGAGAAGUACAGACUGCAUUCGAAGAAGGAUGAAGAUGAGAAGAAUUUGGUGGCUAAGAAAAAUGUGGUGAUCGGUGUUCUCUUUCAGCAGGUUGUUCAGGCGACUGUGGCCACCAUACUUUACGCCGUUACGGGAAGGGACAGCGAUUCUUCGCAACCACAACAAACGUCACUCCUCGCGCACGGCCAGCAAUUCUUCAUCGCAAUGACGGUUCUAGACACAUGGCAAUAUUUCAUGCACCGAUACAUGCAUCAAAACAAGUUCUUGUACAAACACAUCCAUUCGAAACACCACAGGCUCGUCGUCCCGUACGCUUUCGGAGCGUUGUACAACCAUCCCUUAGAGGGUGUGUUGCUCGACACAAUCGGCGGAGCCUCGUCGUUCCUCGUCUCGGGCAUGUCCCCGAGAGCUUCGAUCUUUUUCUUCUCGUUCGCGACAUUGAAGACAGUCGACGACCACUGUGGCCUGUGGCUGCCGGGAAAUCCCUUCCAGCUAUUGUUCCGAAACAACUCGGCUUAUCACGACAUCCAUCACCAGCUCUACGGAAGUAAGUAUAAUUUCUCGCAGCCGUUCUUCGUUGUGUGGGAUCGAAUACUCGGGACUUACAUGCCUUACGAAAUCGAGACGAGAGUCGAAGGCGGGCUCGAAGCACGGCCCGGUAAAGAUUGCAAGGAUAACUAAGAGGUAAUACAUUUUUUUUUAGCCAAAUUUAUCGAUGAUUUUUCGUCGUGUAUAUACGGGCGUAUGUAUGUACGAUAGAUUGAAGAGGAUAGAAGUGUUGGCUUCUCCCAUGGCUUCUUGUUCUCGUAAUCUCUAGUAGUUCGUCGAAAGUACAUAGUUGAUCGAGUCGAGUUUCUUAGGAAUAUGUUCGAAUUAUAGCCUGUCUGCAACAGAAUGUGCCGCUGAACACGGUGCGGCCAUCCAUACGCACGCAGACAUGCCAAUCACUAGAGUUGUUAACAAGCCGAACAAAAUUUAAAGUGUUUGUAUUUGUUUGUUAAGCCUUCGAGAUCGGUAAGAAUAUUCAUUAUUUAAGCUCGUGAAGAAUAUUUAUUGUUUU